AUGGGGGCCGUGCUUUCUGCUGCCGCGUACGCUCAGCCACCUAUCAAACCAGAAGGUCUUGCUCUCAGGCUGACAGUCGUUAUCUGGAUCACUGCUAUCAUCGCCACGAUAGUUGUUGGCUUGAGAAUAUAUGUGAGGGCUUGGAUGUUGAGAAGAGCGAGAGUUUGGGGCUGGGAAGAUACGUUUGCAGUGCUGGGCUAUGUUGCGUUCCUUAGCUCUAGCGUCUUUGCCAUCAAGGCCGCUUACUAUGGGCUCGGGACUCGAGACACCGGCUUGAACACUUUCCUCGAGGUACGAUGCGCCGAGUAUCUGCUAUAUUCAAAUGUCAUCUAUGGUGUUUCGAUGCCGCUCAUUAAGGCUUCAGUCGUGUUCACACUAUUGCGCAUAACGAGAGAAAAGAAAUAUCGCUGGUCACUCUACGCAAUGCAAUUCGUUGCAACAGUCAUGGCUAUCAUUGGCAUCCUGGCAUCACUACUCUACUGCAAGCCAGUCAAAGCUUACUGGAAUCCAUUGCUUGGUAAAUGUGGUGACUUUAUGGUAGUGGUAAAAAUUGGCUAUGCUUGGACAGCUGUGGGCAUCUUCACCGAUUGGGCAUGCGCUGUCAUUCCAUUCCUGAUAGUACGCAAGUUGCAGAUGUCUCGACGCAACAAGACAACCGUUAUGGUUAUUUUAGGACUCGCUGCUAUCGCCAGUACAGCGACCAUUGUCCGCGCGCCCUACUUACAGUAUUACUUAGUCACGGCAAACCGACUUUACUGGAACGGCUAUAUCACUCUCUGGUGUCAGCUUGAGAGCGGCAUCGGUCUCGUUGCCGCAUGCCUUCCAGCACUCCGCAAACUGUUUUCCGGAUUUUUCGAUGGCAGUCGCAACGGAUCAAAUCCCAGGAGCAAGCAGUAUACCCCUGGAAGUCGAAACAAUGUCAGCAGUCAUUUGUCUACGCCGUUGGAUAGCUUGUCUCCGACAGGAAAGACCACUGUCUCUGCCGGCAAGUGGAAACGUCUUGGUGACGAUAAUUCCAGUACAAAACACAUCAUCUUACAUGAGAGGACCAUAACUAUCGAAGCUGGAAGCAUUAGCGACGAGGAAAAGGGGAAAGAAGAACCAUGGCGUUCAGGGGAUAAUUGA